AUGACAAAGUAUUCUGUGCUCUUGGUCUCACGAUUGGACCCGUUGAGGUAUCUAUUUGACAGGCCUGUUAUGAUUGGUAGGCUCAUGAGAUGGCUGGUAUUGUUGACAAAGUUUGAUAUUCAUUAUGUCAUGCAGAAGUCAGUAAAGGGAAGCAUUGUUGCAGAUCAUCUAGCUUCUUUGCCGAUAUCUGAUGACCGAUCAGUUGAUGAUGAUUUCCCUGAUGAGAAGAUUGUUUCAAUGACUAGUAUUACGGGGUGGCGGUUGUACUUUGAUGGUGCCGCCAAUCAGUCGGGGUUUGGCAUUGGUAUCUUAUUGAUAUCACCACAGGGUGAUCAUAUCCCCAGAUCAGUCCGGUUAGCAUUUUUUGAUCAUCAUCGGUUGACGAAUAAUAUUGUAGAGUAUGAGGCUUGCAUUACAGGUUUGGAGACUGCACUUGAUCUUGACAUUAGACAGUUGGAGAUCCACGGGGAUUCCAACUUGGUUAUAAAGCAGACUCAGGGUAUCUGGAGGAUACGGGAUGAGAAGCUGAAACCCUACCAUGCUUACUUGGACCUGUUGAUUGAUAGAUUCGAUGUGUUAAGGUAUAUACAUUUGCCUAGGGCGGAGAAUCAGUUUGCCGAUGCAUUAGCCACCUUGGCUUCUCUGAUUGUGAUCCCUGCGGGGGUGAAUGUUAGGCCAUUGCUGAUUGAGACUAGGUCUACACUAGCUUACUAUUGUUUGAUUGGAGAGAUAGAGGAUCAGAUUGAGCUGCCAUGGGAUGCGUUGUAUAGGAGAUCACCUGAUGGCUUGUUAUUAUUAUGUUUAGACCGUGCAUCUGCAGAUCGAGUGAUGAGAGAGGUUCAUGCAAGGGUCUGUGGCCCACACAUGGGAGAUUGUUGCCAGUUUGUACAGAGAUGUCAGGAGUGUCAGAUGCAUGGAGACUUGAUACACGUGCCACCUUCUGAGUUGCAUGCACUUGCAUCCCCUUGGCCAUUUUCAGUAUGGGGUAUUGAUAUUAUUGGGAAGAUCUCGCCCAAGUCUUCCAGUGGGCAUGAGUACAUAUUGGUUGCCAUUGACUAUUUCACCAAGUGGGUGGAAGCUGCUUCUUAUGCUAGGUUGACAGCGGCCAGAGUGGUCAAGUUCAUCAGAUCGCAUAUUAUCUGCUGA